AUGUGCUACCAGGACAAGAGUGUUGCAGUGACUCAGAUUGGAAUGUCAGAACAGCAGAACAUGGCACAGAUUUUGGCUCCCACUACGCAAUGGCAGAUGAGAAUCACAAAAUCCUCUCCCAAUGCCAGUCCCAUUACAUCAAACAUGUGGAGUUCUUUAUUGAUGAAACAAAAAAAGAAAGUUGCACCUACAAGUUCUGCAAAAUUUAGAGUGCUGGCAGUUAAGUCUGACAAUAGCACCAUCAACAGGCUGGAGGGUCUACUUAAUUUGGAUAUCACCCCAUUCACUGACAAGAUAAUUGCUGAGUACAUUUGGAUUGGGGGGACUGGAAUUGAUGUGCGCAGUAAAUCAAGAACGAUAUCAAAGCCGGUUGAACAUCCCUCUGAGCUUCCUAAAUGGAAUUAUGAUGGAUCUAGUACUGGACAGGCACCGGGUGAAGAUAGUGAAGUAAUCCUAUAUCCUCAAGCAAUUUUCAAAGAUCCUUUCCGUGGUGGUAACAAUAUUUUGGUCAUUUGUGAUUCUUACACACCAGCAGGUGAGCCUAUCCCUACAAACAAGCGACACAGAGCUGCUGAAGUUUUUAGUAACCCAAAGGUCAUCGCAGAAGUUCCAUGGUAUGGAAUAGAACAAGAGUACACCUUACUUCAAACAAAUGUGAAAUGGCCCUUAGGUUGGCCUGUUGGUGGCUAUCCUGGUCCUCAGGGUCCUUACUAUUGCAGUGCUGGGGCAGAUAAGUCAUUUGGACGUGAUAUAUCUGAUGCUCAUUACAAGGCUUGCUUAUAUGCUGGAAUUAACAUUAGUGGCACCAACGGGGAGGUUAUGCCUGGGCAGUGGGAGUAUCAAGUUGGUCCUAGUGUAGGUAUUGAGGCUGGUGAUCAUAUAUGGGCUUCAAGGUACAUCCUCGAGAGAAUUACUGAGCAAGCUGGUGUUGUGCUCUCUCUUGAUCCAAAACCAAUAGAGGGUGACUGGAAUGGUGCAGGAUGCCACACCAAUUACAGUACGAAGAGCAUGAGGGAAGAUGGAGGCUUUGAGGUAAUAAAGAAGGCAAUUUUGAAUCUAUCACUACGCCACAAGGAUCACAUUAGUGCAUAUGGAGAAGGAAAUGAAAGAAGGUUGACAGGAAAGCAUGAGACAGCAAGCAUUAACACAUUUUCUUGGGGAGUUGCUAACCGUGGUUGCUCAAUCCGUGUGGGAAGAGACACAGAGAAGAAUGGCAAAGGUUACUUGGAGGACAGGCGCCCUGCUUCAAACAUGGAUCCAUAUGUUGUGACAUCAUUACUUGCAGAGACUACACUAUUGUGGGAGCCAACUCUGGAAGCUGAAGCUCUUGCAGCUCAGAAGUUAGCAUUGAAGGUCUAA